UGAGCGCAGUGUUUGUCCGAUUCACGGAGGGGAUUAAAUUAGCCGCUCACACACACAGACGCGCGCGCGAGCGGAGGCAGCAGGGGCAUAGCAAUGAUGAUGGUGUUUUCCGGGAGCCUGAACGCACCGUGUGUGACCCUGCUGUUGUGGAUUACGGCCGUGACGAGUCCGGGAAGGGUCUCCGGCGCGAGGAAGCAGGAUGACUCCUUCUUUACCGGCAGCGUGUACCGCGCGAGAUGCGCCUCGAGGUGCCUCAGCCUGCACAUCACGCGCAUCUCUGCCUUCUUCAAGCACUCACAGAAUAAUGGGUCCUUGGUGUGGUGCCAGAAUCACAAGCAGUGCUCCAAGUGUCUGGAGCCCUGCAAGGAAUCCUGGGACCUGAAGGAAAACCAGUGCCAAGAUUUAUGUGAGCCCCUAUUUCCCAAGAAGCACUACGAGUGUCUGACAAGCUGCGAGUUCCUGAAGUCAGUGGAAGGAGUGAAGCAAGGCGACUGCCCUGCUCCUGAGAAGGCCAGUGGCUUUGCUGCAGCCUGUGUGGAGAGCUGCGAGGAGGACGGAGAGUGCUCAGGAGUCAAGAAGUGCUGCAGCAACGGCUGCGGCCACACCUGCCAGGUUCCCAAGAAUCUCUACAAAGGAGUUCCCCUGAAGCCGAGGAAGGAUCUGGUGUUCUUGGAGCAGCCUUCGGGUCAGCUGGAGAUCCGCUGGUCGUCCAAGUUCAACAUAUCCGUGGAGCCCGUCCUCUAUGUGGUGCAGCGCCGCUGGAAUUACGGAAUUCACCCCAGUGAGGAUGACGCUACAGAGUGGCAAACUGUGGCGCAGACUGCAGAGGAGCGCAUCCUACUGGCUGACAUCAGAGCCAGCAGAUGGUACCAGUUCAGAGUUGCAGCAGUCAAUGUCCAUGGGACCCGUGGCUUCACUGCACCCAGCAAACACUUCCGCUCCUCCAGAGAUCCAUCCGCCCCGCCCAGCCCAACGAAUCUGCGCGCCACUAAUGUGACGUUGGGUGAUGAAGGCCUGGUGACAGUUCGUCUCAAUUGGACUGUGCCAGAAGAGCCUGAUAUUCCCAUACAUCACUACAAAGUGUUCUGGAGCUGGACUGUGCCCAGCAAGUCGAUGGUACCUUCAAAAAAGAAGAGGAGAAAGACCACCAAUGGGGCUCAAAGCUGGGUGGAUCUCGAGGGACUGCAGCAGAACAGCAGCUACACGGUGGAGCUGCAGGCUGUCACCUACUGGGGACAGGUGCGCCUGAAGAGCUCCAAGGCCUCGCUCCACUUCAGUACCUCCCAGAAUAACGAGUCAGCAAAAACGGUGCUCAAGUUAAAGAAGGAGGAGGUGUUCCCUUUUGGCGUGACCUUAACCAAACGCCCCUCCGGCCCUCUUGAAGUAGGCACACCCUUCUACCAGGAUGGUCAACUGCAAGUCCGAGUCUACUGGAAGAAACGAGGAGACCCGACUGUGAGCCGCUAUCACGUCCAAUGGAUGCCUGAGUACUGCAGCCACAAUGAGACCCGAGGACCAGAGAAAUCCGUCACGCAGGAGAACUACAUCAACCUCCCAGGCCUGUUGUUCUCCUGCAAGUACAAAGUCACCGUCCACUUGCUGAAGUCCAAGAGACGCUCCAAGGACGAGAGCACCACCUUCUUCACCCCGUCCUGCGCCACCAUCCGGAGCAAGACUCACAAGCACGUCCCCUGCCCGGGGGAGGGGGCUUCAACGCUCCCAAAGGUUUUGGCUAAACCGGAAAACCUGACAGCCUCUUUCUCCAUCAAUGAGGGAAACAUAACCGGCAGUUUCCUGUGGCGUGUGUCCAAGGUGGCUCCUCAUCAGAGAAUCACAGGCUUCCAGGUCACCUGGGCCGAGAUCAACACAGAGAGCCGGCAAAACAGCCUGCCCAACAGCAUCAUAUCGCAGUCCCAGAUCCUGCCUCCGGAUCAUAACUUGCUUGUGGUGUCCAACCUGCGGCCGUCCACCUACUACAGACUGGAGGUGCAGGUCAUAACAACUGGAGGAGAGGGUCCCGCCACCGUCAAGACCUUCCAAACCCCGAGCAUAUUACCAGUCAUACAGCAUCGACCCAGACUCCGGCAGCACCACUCUCACCACCAUAAGCCAACAGUGGAGAGACACUGAGUCCAAGCGAACCCAACGGGGAGAAGAACCUGCAGCUCUCUGCUCAUCUCUGCCAGAGAAGGACUGAGUGGAGCCACACAGAACCACCACGCACCAGACCAUGAAGUGACACCCCCAUCCCUGUACGCCUUCCCUCUUCCCAAGGCUCUACAACACGUCAGCUCCUUCGUAGCCCCUCUCUCUUUUCACCGGUUGGAUUUGUGUGUGUACAGUAAAAUUUAUACUUCAUACUCAAACAGGAAGUGAUUAAAGGACUCCAAAAUGUGUUGUGAAUUUGAUGGGACCGAGUCGACCGGUAGGAAAAACCAGAACUUUUGUUUACCCGUGAAGAAAAACUCAUCUAUUUAUUUUGUGUUACCCGUUGAAGAGCUUAGACUUACAGUCUGAACUGAUGUAACUAAAGUCUUUGUCUAGCCCAGAGUAUCUCAUGUGUGUUGCAUGUAGUACAGUUGCAUUUAACUGUAAAUGAAUUACUUGCUUCAAAUUGAAAGCUCGUAAUGGUUUUGCAUGACGACCGUUAGAAUCCCGCUGGCAUGAAAUAACGUCUGUGUUACCUCUUUUUUUCAAUAUCCUAGCAAUAUUUCCCUAACAGAUUAACAAAUGAUUAUAUUGGACUUAAUAUGUCUUGUUUAUUAAUAAAGUUAUAACGCGUGAGAAAAUGAAUUGUACAUGUUCUCGGCUGUAGAAAUAUUUGUCCUGGAACAGUCAGUGAAUGUCUAUAUUUAUUUAUGUGUGUACUACAAAGUUUUGGUUUUGAUGUGCGUGAAUGCGUAUGUUUUUUUGUGUUUGUCUCGAAUUUUUUGAUCCAAGAAAAAGACAAAAGGAAGAAGAAAAAAAAAACAAUCUUGUAAAGACAUUUUGUAAAGAUGGAAUUGUAAAUACAGUCUUAUGUUACAUGUUAUUUUUCCAUGCUAGAAACUGUACAAACUGCUACGUAAUAAAAUGAUCCUUAACC